AUGGAGAGGAACGCUGCAACCAAACCAACUGACAACACAUCCAAACAGUACAAGGACAUAACCACACAGGUAGCAUACUACAUUGCCAAGUGCAUAAAUCAGGGGUUGACAACCCAUCUCCCACAGCAAUAUGUCUGUCAAAAGGAGGAGGUUCUUGCUGACCAGCAGCUCUGUAACCAGGAGAGAAACUCCAGCCUGGACCAGGAGGACCCAGAGCCUGCACAGAUUAAAUUGGAACACAAGGAGCUCUUGGCCAAUGUACAACAGCAACACAUAUGUGUGGAGGAGGAGGUUCUUGCUGACCAGCUGCUCUGUUACCAAAGUAGGAAUCUAAGUCAGGACCAGGAGGACCUAGAGCCUCCACAGAUUAAAGAGGGACAGGAGAAACUCUGCACCAUUCUGAACCAGGUAUUGACCCACAUGAGAACACACACAGGAGAGAAACCAUAUUCUUGUGAAACAUGUGGGAAAAGUUUCGCUCAAAGUGGUAAUUUGUUGAAUCACAUAAGAACUCACACAAGAGAGAAGCCGUAUUCUUGCAGCACAUGUGGGAAGAGUUUCAACCUAAGCAGUCGUUUGACUGUACACUUAAGAAGUCACACAGGUGAGAAGCCUUAUGUUUGUGAAACAUGUGGAAAAAGUUUUACCCAACAUGAUGAGGACUCACACAGCCACGUGAGAACUCACACAGGGGAGAAGCACUAUUCUUGUGAAACUUGUGGGAAUAGCUUUAGAAAAUAUUGA